GCAGUGAAACACAGAGAGAUGUCGCAGAAGAAGAUAUUCCUGGCUUUCGUUGCCAUAAGUACUGUCAGUCUUUUGCUGCACCGUGGAGGCCACUGGAGCUGGACCAUGGAGGCCUUCCAUCUAGGUUGCUCUGCCCUGCGGUCCCACCCCUCCCCGGGCCUGAAGCCCAAACACACCAACGUGGCCUUCCUCAAGACCCACAAGACGGCCAGCACCACCAUGCAGAACUGCUCUUUCCGCUUCGCCGAGCGCAACAACCUGACGGUGGCGCUGCCCGUGCAGACCUGCGGGCACCAGUUCUGCUACCCGCGCUCCUUCACCUCUCACUUCGUCCACCCCCACACGCUGCCGCCCAGCAUCAUCACCAGCCACAUGCGCUUCAACCGGGCCGAGCUGCAGCGCCUCAUGCCCAACGACACGGUUUACGUCACCAUCCUGAGGGAGCCCGGCUCGAUGUUCGAGUCCUUGUUUAGUUACUAUAACCAGUACUGUCAGAGCUUCAAGAGGGUGCCCAACGGCUCCUUGGAGGCUUUUUUAGAAGAGCCCUGGCGCUACUACCGCCCCGACGAGAAGGACUCCAUGUACGCACGCAACACCUUGACCUUUGACCUGGGCGGGGACAAAGAUCGACCGGCCACCGAUGCGGUGUACGCGCGGAGCUUCGUGGCGGAGGUGGAGCGGGUGUUCUCCCUGGUGAUGAUCGCCGAGCACUUCGACGAGUCGCUGGUCCUGCUCCGCCACCUCCUCAACUGGGACUUGGACGACGUCCUGUACGUCAAGCUCAACAUGCGGACGCCGAGCUCAAAGCGGAGCCUGACGCCGAGCCUCCCCGCCAAGAUCCGCGCCUGGAAUUCCCUCGACGCCCGCCUCUACGACCACUUCAACGCCUCGCUGUGGCGCCAGCUCUCCGCUCUGGGUCCCGCCUGCGUGGCCCGGGAGGUGCGGCUCCUCCGGCGAGCGCAGGAGAGGUUGAUGAGGAGCUGCUUCGGCGGGCGGAUGCCGCUUCUCCGCUCGGCCGCGCAGAUCAAAAACAAAGACCUGCGCCCCUGGCAGCCCAGCGCCAAAGUCGACAUCGUGGGCUACGACCUCCCGGCUAACCUCAGCCGUGGACCGUCGGGUCUGGCUCAGGAGCUCUGCCUCAAGCUCAUCAUGCCAGAGGUCCAGUACACGCGGGUUCUCCUGCGCUCACAGUCGCUGCGUUACCGUCGUGGCUUCCAGCUCCGGCCUCCGCAGCAGUCGCCGCCCUUCCAGCAGCCUAUACGCACAGUCCUGCCUCGGCAUCUACAAGUCGGGGUCCACCGCAGCCAACCACCCCCUGCACCCCCUGGUCCUGGGUCGGGACCCGGCGCCACGUCGACCCCUCGGCCCGCCGCCGGAGCUCAAGGUCGGACCACAAGGCUGGGGCCCAGAUCCUCACAGACCCACACCUCGUAGACCAGAUAAUAGAGACCUGAACAUAGACCGAGUACAUAGAGUGCCCAACAAGACUGCAGGAUCCUGCCCCUCCUGACCCACAAGACAAAUUAUGAUGAAAUUUGUGGAAGUGAGGGUAUCCUUGGGGGAAAAAAAAAAAAAAAAAGUUGGGGUUAACCUUGAAUCAUGUCUCUCCUUUCCCUCCUAGCCAGUGUUUGGGAUAAAUAUAAAUGAUGAAAUUCAGAGGGAAAGGAGGUCAGACAUAUCUGGACUUGAACUUGAAAUCCUCCCUCCCCUGGCCUGUGAAAUAAUAUCAAGGCUAUCGGACAAAGGGAGGGGAGACAUUACACUGGGACUCUGCUUUGACUACACACCUCUAAGCCCAGCCGCAGCAUAUGGGAGGGAGUUUUAGGUGAAAGCGGUACGCCGAAACAAAUCUGUACUGUAUGUGUGACUGGGGCUGAAUGGCAAAGUGGCGAUUUCAGCGCUAUUGUGAGGCACAGAGUGGGCUUUGUGUGUAUCACACUGGUUUCGUAUCGCGUUACUGUCUCUCUCUUUUCUC